AUGUCCAACAGCGUCCCUCCCAGCCUCACAGACAGCGUCACCGAAGCGUCCUCCGCCGGCCCUCCAACACCUCCACCAGGUGCAGCUCCGCGGCGCGCUCCCGGCCCAAACAUCAUCAAUUGGCUCCAGAACGUCGCCGCAAACACACCCACCCUGCCGCUUCGUCCUGCCACUCUUCCAGCAGAAGACCCGGAAGCCUGGCCUCAUCCUCUUCCGCCGCCAGCACCGCGCCCUAGAUUCGCGCAGCUACAUCGCCUAACCGGCCCGGCUCCGUUCCCUCCUACGUCCCCUCCGCGUCCUGCGCCUACUACACAGCGUCCUGAGCCUACUGCUCCGCGUGCUGAGCCUUCGACUCCGAGUACUGAACCUACCACUCCGCGUCACGAACCUACCACUCCACGUCCCACUACACCUACCCCUCUCCCGCCAACCAUGCCACCAAGACCACACCACCCCCCACCACCCGGCCCCCCCUUCGUCCUCGCAACCCCCCCUCCGCCUGUCCCCGCGCGCCCGCUUACGCCGCUCGAAGCACAAAUCAUGCGCGCCUACUCAACCGCGCUCCUCGACCCCUCGCGUACGACGCUGCCCUUCCCGCGCGCGCGCCAAGAAGCAGAAGAAGCCGCCAUCGCCGCUGGAACAGCGCUCAUCAGGACCGGGAGGGUGCGCGACGGGCUGCCGCCGCUGACGCUCGCGGAAGAAGGGGCGCUGGCGGCGGCGAUUCGGCGGCUGCUGGACCCGGGGAAUGGGAGAUACAGGGCGCAGAAUGGGUGGUUGGGGAGGAAUGGGGGCGCUGUUGGGGGAAGGUUGGGGGAGCCGGAGGGGUUGGAGGAGAGGCAGAGGGCGUGGGUGAGGGAGAGGAGGGGGGAGGGGGUGCAGGCGGCGGUGGCGGCGGCGGGGAUGAGGGGUGGAGAGAGGGGUGGUGUGGAGGAGAAUUCCGGAAAUGAGGAUGAGCAGAUUUGAAGCGUGUGGCUGAAGGGUAGUGGAUUGAGAGCGAGAAUUGGAAGUUGGAAUUCUUGGUUUUGCUGCCUCUGAUGAGCUAUUGAGGUGGCUUCAAUACGGCUAGUAGUUGUACAAAAUGCGAUGAGAUGACUU